UUAAGACCACGAUGCGGUUCGCAUCGUUUUGGCUUACAGGAUUUGCGUGUGGAGUGGGGCAAGCCCUCGUGGUUUGUUCAGUAAACCCCAAAUGUGUGAACCCUCCCAGAGAAGUAUUCGGGAAGGGAAAAGCUUGCCCCGGGAGGAUGUUUAUUGCCCAAUUUUUCUUCCUUUCUUAAAAGUCUGCCUCGUAAUUCCACCAUUCCUUGUAAUGAUGCGUUAAUUGUUCAGAAUGGCAUAAUUCUAAAUGGAUACAAUGGCAAUUGUUCAUUGUUAAAGCCAGCGCAGUUGCAAAUCUAACAGCAGGUUAUUGCCGAUGCAUGAGGAAUGGUUGCAGGAUUUGGGUUUGGCUAGUCUAGAGAAAAGAAGGACUAGGUGGGGGGACAUGAUAGCAGUAUUCCAGUAUUUGAGGGGCUGCCACAAACAGGAGGGGGUCAAUUUAUUUUCCAAAGCAACAGAGGCAGGACAAGAAAUAAUGGUUGGAAACUAAUCAAGGAGAGAAGCAACCUGGAAUUGAGGAGAAAGUUCUUAAUGGUGAUACUGGUCAAGGGGUAAGAGACUGGAUCAAGCAGGUUUUGAAGCAAGAUUUGUCUUUCCAACAUAUAAAAGUCAUUUAUCCAACAGCUCCUGCCAGGGAUAAAAUAUCUUCAUGCAGCUCAUCACAAAGACUUUUCCUGCCCUCUCAGCUGAAUGGAAAAACCAUAUACACCAAUGAGGGGGUCUUUGUCCAAUGUGUGGUUUGACAGAUACAAGAUCUCUAAUGAUUGCCCAGAACAUACUGAAACCAUUGAUGUGAUGUGUCAAAUACUUAACAGUUUGAUUGAUGAUGAAGUUAAAAAUGGCAUCAGGAAAAACAGAAUACUGUUGGGUGGUUUUUCAAUGGGUGGAGGCAUGGCUUUGCAUUUGGCUUACAGAUAUCACCAAGAGGUGGCCGGAGUAUUUGCUCUUUCAAGUUUUCUCAAUAAAAAUUCAGCUGUUUACCAGGCACUGGAGAAGAAUGAAAGCGCACUCCCAGAAUUGUUCCAGUGUCAUGGAACUGCUGAUGAACUGGUUCUGUAUUCUUGGGGAGAAGACACCAACAAAACAUUAAAAGCUCUGGGAGUAACAACUACAUUUCUGAGUCUACCAAACCUUUAUCAUGAGCUAAGCAAAAAUGAGCUGGAAAAACUGCAAUCUUGGAUUUUGAAAAAAUUGCCAGAAGAGCCUUGAUUAAAGAACAAUAAUGGAAAAUACCAUAACAAAAUAGCAUUAUUUCCUAUUACUAGAUUUGUAUAUAUGGAAGUGGCAAUAUCUGCGAAAAUACAUAAAAUAGGUCAUUGAUAAUUUUA